AUGAAUGUGUAUCAUCUUCCUGCUUAUGCUACUCCAAAUAUUAGUAGUAAUUUGUUUCACUCAUCUACAAAAGUAAAAGAUAACACAAUUUCAAGUAAGUAUGAAGUGCUCCUUCAAGCAAGUCAACCUCAAAGUUGUGUUGAAGAAAGAGAAAAAAUGAUGUAUGUUCUUCAACAAAAGAGAAACAACAGAGGUUGUCAUCCUGCAUCAACAUCUGAUUCUGUUGAAAGGAUUCCAUUUUCAAACACUUCAAGUGCUUCAAAUACCAAUGUCGAAAGAAGGAAUGUGUAUCACCUUCCUACUUAUGCUACCUCAGAUAUUAGUAGUAAUGUGUGCCACUCAUCUACAAAAGAAAAAAGGAAUGUACAUCACACUCCUUUUGGAAGUACUAAGCAAACAUCCUAUUUUGUUGAGAGGACUCCAUUAUCAGAUAUUACAAAUUGUGGAAUAUCUAAAAUUGAAUUAGCAAUGAGUGAUGAGAUGUUAGCAGAUUCUGUGGUUAAGAAGAUUGAUAGAAUUUCUAAAGAUUAUAUUGAUCAUGGAGAUGCCAUCUUUGUGUGUUCUAAAUGUGAUGCAAUGUUAUGGGAUGAUGAAAUGCUUAGGGGAAAUAAAAAACGUAAGAGAACAUCCUAUUCUCUUUGUUAUUCAAAUGGAGAUGUUGAGCUACCACCACUGCUUACACCUCCUCCAUUACUACGUCAUUUAUAUAAAAGUCAUACCUCACAGUGUCACAAUUUCAUGAAUAAUAUUCGAGCAUAUAACAUGAUGUUUUCCUUCACAUCUCUUGGUGGGAAGGUUGACAAAAGUUAUCAGAGAGAAUCCAAAACUACAAGAAACAACCAGCUUGAUAGUACAACCAUCAAAGGUCUUAAAGAUAUGUUGGAUUCUUGCAAUCCUCUUGUCCAGUCCUUCAGAAUGGUAAGAGAUUGUUUUCAAGAAAAUGAGUGGCAAGAUGUAAGCUUGAAGCUUAUUGGAACAAGAGAUAAGGAUGGAAGAGUUCAUAAUUUGCCAACAGCAUCAGAAAUUUCUGCGUUAAUAACUAGUGAUUUUGAUGGAGCAUUUGAUAAACGGGAUAUUGUUGUUAGAAAGAAGUCUGGUGUUCUUCAAAGAAUUAGUGAGCUUCAUCCCUCUUACCUUGCUUUGCAAUAUCCACUUAUUUUCCCAUAUGUAGAAGAUGGUUAUAGAGUUGGUAUUAAACAUAAAGGGAUUGCGGUUGAUAAUGAGGUACUUAGAACCAACCUUACAAUUAGAGAAUUAUUUUCUUACAAAAUUCAAGAUAGACAGAAUCAGUUUUCAUUGUUACUUAAUGCGAAAAAGCUAUUUCAGCAGUUUUUGGUUGAUGGAUACAUGAUGAUAGAAUCUGCCAGAUUGAAUUAUAUAAGGUCACAACAACCUAAACUUAGAACGCAAAGUCUUAAGAACUUGAAUGCUACUAUUGAAAGUGGAGAGAAUAAUGCCUCAAGUUGUGGUAAACCUAUACUUUUACCUUCAUCAUUUACUGGUGGUUCUAGAUAUAUGAUGCAAAAGUACUUAGAUGCUAUGGCAAUUUGCAAGUCUGUUGGAUAUCCCGAUUUAUUCAUAACGGUGAUUUGUAAUCCAAACUGGCCUGAGAUUUACAGGUAUUCACACGAUAAAGCUCUUAAUGCUGAAGACAGGCCAGAUAUUAUCUCUAGAUUAUUCAAGUGUAAAUUGGAUCAUCUUAUAAAAGAUUUCAAGAAAGAUAAAUUCUUUGGUGAUAUACAAGCAGUUAUGUAUAUAAUGGAAUUUCAGCUACGUGGACUCCCACAUGCUCACAUAUGUUUGUUCUUGAGUGCUGAAAGCAAAUUUCCAUCUGCAUCUGAUAUUGAUCGUGUUAUUAGUGCUGAGAUACCAGAUAAAGAAAGAGAUCCUGAAUUAUAUGAGCUUGUCAAGCAAUUUAUGAUUCAUGGACCAUCUGGUACAGACAACCCACUUUGUCCAUGUAUGGUUCAGCAAAAAUGUUCUAAAAAAUUUCCCAAAAAAUAUGUAGAUGAGACUUGUGUUGAUUCUGAAGGAUAUCCCGUCUAUCGUCGUCGUCAAACAAGUAAUACAGUAAUAAAGAAUGGUGUGGCAUUUGAUAAUAGAUUUGUAGUUCCUUACAAUGCUCUCCUGCUCAGAAAGUAUCAGUGCCAUGUUAACAUUGAAUGGUGCAACCAGUCAGGUUCUAUCAAAUAUUUGUUUAAAUAUAUUAAUAAGGGGCCUGAUAGAGUCACGGCUUCUGUUUUUCAAGCCAAUGGCACCAACAAUGAUACGGAACAAAAUGUAGUUGUAGAUGAGAUAAAAGCAUACCUUAAUUGUAGAUAUAUCUCUGCUUGGAGAAUAUUCAUGUAUGAUAUACAUUAUAGAUAUCCAGUUGUUGAAGUAUUACCGUUUCAUUGUGAAGAUGGUCAUAGUAUUGUGUAUAACGAUCAUGAUAAUUUGUGUGAUAUUGUUACUAAUCCAACUGUGAAAAUGACAAUGUUCACAGAGUGGAUGAAUUGUAACAAAGUCGAUGAAUUUUCCAGGACAUUGAGGAUUUUAUUGAAUCAUAUUAAGGGACCAACCUAUUUUGAAGAUAUAAAAACAGUUGAUGGACAGGUUUUUGAAACAUUUAAAGAUGCAUGUUUUGCACGGGGACUGUUGGAUGAUGAUAAGGAAUAUGUUAAUGCUGUCAAAGAAGCUAGCACAUGGUCAACCGGAGAUUUCUUGAGGACUUUUUUUGUAAUGUUGUUGCUGUCAAAUUCGAUAUCUCGUCCUGGUGUUUUUGGGUCAGAAACGAAGUCCCUGUUAUGUGAAGACAUUCUGUAUCAGCAACGAAAGAUAACCGAUAUUGCAGGUAAUAUUUGGAUCUUCAACAAGAAGAACUUGAAAAUAUAUGUCUAUCUAAAAAUUGAAAAGUUGCUACUUAUCAAUGGAAGUACAGUGAGAAAUUUUUAUGAUAUGCCAAGUGUUCCGAAUAAUUAUGUUUCAUCGUCGAACAAUCGAUUGAUAAUGAAAGAACUCUCGUAUGACAGAUUAGCUCUUCAAAGGGAACAUGAUGGUUAUGUAAAGUGUUUAACUGCCGAACAGGAAAGGAUAUAUAAAAUUGUUAUGGAAGUGAUUGAAAAAGGUGAUGGAGGUGUGUUUUUUGUGUAUGGUUAUGGUGGAACUGGAAAGACGUUUCUUUAG